ACAUCUGAAUUAAAUGUUAGAACAAUUACAAAAAGCUUUCUCCAUCCCUCUAAAUUUCUUCUAUGAAAAUGAUUUAAGAAUAUUUUUCCUAUCCCCCUUUAAAAGGAAUAGCAAUGUUAUUUAUGCUGAUGAAAAAUUGGGACGAAACCUCAAACCCUAAAUGUGUUGGAAGCCUGGCAAGACGCUGCCAGAAUAUGUUAAAAUUUGAUUUAUUUGCAUAACUGGUGCAUAGGACCUAUGUACUCAAUGCACCAGAUCUCAAAUUAUUAUUGCAUCCCAAGUAAUAGUUCCACACUUUCUCCAGCAUCACCUCCUUCCUCCGCAUUUUUGUCCCCUUGUUGAACUUUUGUUUGUUUUUGUUUCCCUGACUCCUACAUUUCAGGGCAAUAAUCCCUUUGAAAAGAUGUCUAGAAAAGAUGGGAGGGAUUACGAACCGAGUUUCUUCUGUGAGUCAUCCGCUCUGAUAGAAAACGUAUAAUCUGUACAACUUCCUCGGUAAAUGUUUAAACUCCUUGCCCGAAGGUGAGAUUAUUCUGAUGAGAAUACCACAUUAUCGGGCUCUGCAUCUCAGGAAGCGGCUGUUUGUGAGUCGCUUUCAAGAUAUUUGACCUGUGUUGGAUUUUUAUCUUCUCUUUUCCCCCUCCCCUUUUCCUUUCUCUUGUUUUCUUGACUUGUUCCAAAGCUGUAGUCUCGUUCAGACAGGUCAGUGUUCAUUCCUUUGGCCUGAUCUUGAUAGAUCCUGUACUUAUUUUGUGAAAAAGGAAAGUUGCUGGUGGGGGAAAAAGCUGUGUAUUUUUCCAUUUGAACCUAACAAUACAAAGAUUAGUGUUCAAUGAAGGAAGAGAAGACUCUGGGAAAACGCUGAGGACUUUGUGCUUUGGAUGAAGUUCUCUCGGUUAAAGUGCCUUGCCGGCCUUUCAGAAGAUUAAGGAAACUAUGUGGAAGUGAAAAGAUCUUAAAUCCUGUUCUUCAAAUCCAGCGUUCUGGGGGAAGAGGGUGAAAGGGGAAACAGUUAGGUUUUAGAAACCGGCUUUUUGCCAGGCUUUGUAAGCAAGUAGAAAGCAAAACCGCAAAGCUGGGGCUCCGAGGCGAGAUGAACUUACUUCUGGGGGCAUGUGGGGAAGGCUCCGAGACUCUCCUCCACGGGGAAUUUGGGGCCUAUCCUCCCAAAGGGAUGCGUUAUGCCCUGAGCCUCACACGGACGGAGUUGCACAUUCAGCGCCUGGUGCCCAAGCCUGACACAGACCACCGGACCGUGGUGCGGUUGGUAGACGUGGUGGGAUGCCACACCAUGCGCAGCCACACCGUGGCAAACAGCUCGGCCUUCUUCUGUGUCUACUCUUAUCCCCUGAAGAAAAAGAAGGUGGCGGUGGGCUCAGGCCGGGCCCGGCAGCGCAUGGCGAAGACCUUUCAGGUGGACAGCUCCGACCACUAUGAGGACAACCUUCACAUCGCAGAGAAAUGGGCAGCUGCAAUCAAGUGCCUGGUCCUGGGGAUUUCCAUCUCGAGUGAAACAGAGAUCAGCAGAAGCCUCCUGCCCCGUCCUCGUCGCUUGCUCCUUCUGCUAAACCCCUUUGGUGGCAAAGGCAAUGCCCUCCAGUGGUGCCAGAAUCACAUCCUGCCCAUGAUUACAGAGGCCGAUGUCAGCUUCAACUUGAUCCAAACAGAGAGGCAGAACCAUGCCCGGGAACUGGUACAGAGCAUCAGUUUGGCUGAAUGGGAUGGCAUUGUAGCCAUUUCAGGAGAUGGACUGCUUUAUGAGGUCAUUAAUGGUUUGAUGGAGCGUCCAGACUGGGAAGAAGCCAUAAAAAUGCCCCUUGGGAUUCUCCCCUGUGGGUCUGGAAACGCAGUCGCUGCAGCAGUUAACUUUAAUGCUGGGUUUGAGCAGACCUUGGGCCAGGAACUAUUGACGAAUUGCACCCUCCUGCUUUGCCACGGGGCAGUGUCCCCCUUGGACCUGGUCUCCAUCACCACCUCCUCAGGCUCCCGCUCCUUCUCCUUCCUCAGCGUGGCCUGGGGCUUCAUCUCCGACGUGGAUAUUGAGAGUGAGAAGUACCGCCACAUGGGAUCGGCCCGCUUCACCUUGGGGACUAUGGUCCGACUGGCCUCUCUGAACACCUACCGGGGACGCCUCUCAUAUCUUCCCGCCCCGGACUCCACAGGUCACCGUCCUAUUUUGCGCAGCAUCACAAUGGCAGCCAAUGGGAGCCUCCCCUUCCAGAGGAUGCCUCUCCACCGCACGGUCUCUGACAUGGGGCUCUGCGAGGAGCGCCGCACCUUCUGCUACCGGGGGCUGGAGUCUGCUGAUGAGCCGGCCCCUUCGCCUAAUUCUCCACCUCCUUCUUCUGGCUUCCCUACCUCCGCCUUCAGCUUUGAGACCUUGUCGGAGCAGCUGGUAGCUGACGGCCUGGGAGCCCAGGAGGUGGCAGCCCCCACCUCCUUGCCCUCUUCCACCCGGCAAAUGCGUGGCCCCCCAGACAACUUCUUGGCCCCCCUUGACCAGCCGGUGCCCAAAUCUUGGGUGACGGUGGAGGAUGAUUUUGUGCUGGUGUUGGCUAUCUACCAGACUCACUUGGGGGCUGACCUCUAUGCGGCUCCCUUUGCCUGCUUCAAUGACGGGCUCAUUCACCUGGCCUACGUCAAGGCGGGCAUUUCCCGAGCAGCCCUGAUCCGCCUCUUCUUGGCCAUGGAGAAAGGCACUCACUUCGAGCAAGGCUGCCCCCACGUCACCAACAUCCCAGUUCGGGCCUUCCGCAUCGAACCCCUCACCCACAAGGGCAUCAUCACAGUGGAUGGCGAGAGGGUGGAGUACGGCCCCAUCCAGGGACAAAUCCACCAUGGGGUGGCCAACCUCAUCACAGGGAUCAGCCCAGUGAAGGUGACAAAGUUCUGAGCUAGAUCCAGACCCACCUCCCCCUGCAGGAACAUGUAGCAGAUCUGGUCUGACAUGCAUUCACUCUUCUUGUUUCAAGGAAGGGCAUAAAAUGACAAGGAAAGGCAGGAUGGGGAGAGGAAGAAUGGUUUCUCAAAUGCAGUGGCCUCCUCCAGUCUUACUGGAAAACUCUUUUCAGCCCUUCAGAUCCCCUCUGUGAGCCACAAUCAGUGGCCACUCUCCCAUGAUCCUCUGCUGCUAUCCUAGUUAUGCAAAGGUUUGAAGGGUGACUUUUCCCCCACCCCAUUGGCCUAAUUUUUCAGGUCUGGUCUACAUUUCCCAUCAAGAAUGAGCAAUUUGACCCUAGGGGGGUCCCCUUUUUGUUAGUUUGGUGGAUAGAAAGGUGAUAUUCCUCCAUACACCACCAUUUUCUGACAAGGAAUAGCACCUCUGGCCAUCCCACUGACCUAGCUUCUUGGAAAUGUUGCUUGGAAGUUCUUUUUAAUCUACUUUUCCAAUUUAUUCUCAGUGGCUCUUGCUCUAGGGACUGCCAGCAGCUUUGCCCCAGCCCCGGUAGCAGGCAUGGGCAAACUGAAGCCUGGGGGCCGGAUGCAGCCCCCUGGGCGCUUACCACCAUGUCCUAUCGACAUAAGGACAUGGUGGCCCAUGCCUCAUUCCAAAAAGGCAAGAGAAGAAAGCACACAGAAGCUGAGAGCCCUCCAGAGCAGUCUGAACCACUGCCUAUCUUACCCUCCUCCUGGCAUAAUGCCAAGAAGACAGCCCAAGGAUUGGGGGAGGAGGAUCGAGGCAGUUGUUGUGUGUCUUGCCUUUUUCCCAGCGUAAGGAUGGGAUGAGCAGCCCCGUCCUUAUGCCAGGAGAACAACCUGAGGAUGACCCUUGCCCUGCCCUUUCCUGGGCCUCUCCCACCCAGCAUGUGCCCGGCCCCCCUCCCUCCUGGCCCGGCCCUCCUGGCUGGGCCUGCAAUGCGGCCUCAAGGAAAAAAGUUUUACCAUGCCUGCCCUAUAGACUCCAUAGGACAAUACUAAAAUGGUCUUUAAACUGACAUCCCCAGCCUCGUGCCCUACAGACAUAUUGGACUGUUCCCGAAAUCAUUCCCAGGCAGCAUGGGCACUUCUCCAACCUGCCACCUAUCCAGAUACAACCCUUGCCAGCCUAAUACAUAUCCAGAUAGGUGGCAGAUUGAGGGACAUUCCCAUAACACAGUGGUUCUCAACCUGUGGUUCCCCAGGUGUUUUGGCCUUCAACUCCCAGAAAUCCCAGCACA